AUGGGCUUCGCCGAGAAUGUGCUGUCACUCGUGACAGUCACUAAUAUCUUCCUCGGGCUCAUCGCCUAUAUCAUCUUCAAGGCUGUCUCUCAGAUCGUUCAUUACCGGUUCUUCCAUCCGCUUAAGGAAUUUCCCGGUCCUUUUUGGGCUUCCGUGACCCGUCUUUGGAUUGCGAAGCAGAACCUACAGGAGACAGAGUACUUGACGGCUUAUGAGUUGACCAAGAAAUUUGGCCCCGUUGUCCGCAUUACCCCAACAUUGCUGCUGGUCAGCGACCAUUCCAAGCUCCCUGAAGUCUACCACCGCAAUGCCGACAAGACCGGCCACUACAUCACCGGUAGCUUCGGCGAAAACGAGUCCUUGUUCAAUAUGAGAUCCCACAAGCAACACGCUGAGUUCCGGAAACACUUUGCUGGUCCCUACAGCUUCACCAACAUUAAGAAGAUAGAGCCGCUAAUUGAUGCGCGCAUCUGCGAAUGGAGCAACAAGCUCGAUCAAAGCUUCGUCAACACCGGCGAGCCCUUCGACUUUGCCUGGUGGGCUGUGUACAUGGCAUACGACAUCAUCAGUGAGAUCGGUUUCGGCCGCCCAUUCGGCUUCAUCGAAAAGGGAGAAGACAUCGGUGGCCUGAUCAAAGGCUUCCACGAUGGCCUCCCAGCAUUUGGCCUCCUAGCCCGCCUGCAUCCUUUCACCUCAUGGAUGAAAACAACCUUUAUGAAGAAAUACCUCGUUGCAACACCCCAAGACAACUCAGGAAUUGGUGUCCUCAUGCGCUUCCGUGAUCGUCUGAUCAAAGAACGGCUCGAAGAUCUCCACAACGGCAAAAAGAUCGAGCAGACUGACCUCCUCCAAACAUUUCUCGAGGCUCGCACGGAUGAAGACAAGCCCUUGGAUCUGGAAUACAUCCGCGCUGAGGUUCUUCUCGUCCUUCUUGCUGGCGCAGAUACUACCGGAACAGCCUUCCAGGCCAUGAUACACUUCCUCCUGACACACCCAGAAGCUUACGAUCGUAUGAUGGAGGAAAUCGACUCCGCCUCUCGCAAAGGCCUCAUCUCCGAAAUGCCCCAGUACAAUGAAGUCCUCGAGCACCUGCCCUUCUUCGUCGGAUGUGUCAAGGAGACCAUGCGUCUUUGCCCAUCUGCACCGAACAUCUUCCCCCGCUACGUCUCCGAGCCUGGCAUCGAGCUCUUCGGCAAGUUUGCCCCGGCUGGCACGGAGAUUUCAGCCAACCCGUACUUGGUGCACCGCGACCCGGCACUGUACGGCGAAGAUGCAGAGAAGUUCAAGCCAGAGCGUUGGUUGGAUGCCGAGAAGGCUAAGUUGUACAAUAAGUAUAAUAUGGCGUUUGGUUAUGGGUCGCGUGUGUGUCUUGGCAGGGAUAUUGCGAUGAUGGAAUUAUUCAAGGGUCCUUUGCAGUUCUUCAGGUGCUAUAAGCCGGAGGCUGUCAAGGACAGGCCUAAGCCUCAGUUCGUGGUCAAGGGUGGUGUUGGAUACUGGCGUGAUGUGUGGCUAACUAUUUCUAAAAGACCAGAGGCCAAGGCGCAGUAA